CAGACAGAGGGAGGGAUCUAGCGAUGCAGUGUGUCUGGAUUUGACUAAACCAUCGCAUAGACGAUAGAAAAACGUAUGUUUUUCAGUGUUGAACACAUUAUUUAAUUAAAUUUAAAUUAGCUGUUCUUUUGCGGGGAAAAGUAUGGCAAGUAUAGGACUGGCCGUUAACGUCGCAAACACAGAAGAGAGGGUCGUUUUUACGCAACUAAAACCGGUGAGGUUGACCGGAGGGGACGGCGUAGAGGACUCGUCUGUGUUUGAGGAAGUCAAACCUCCAGCGAGAACUCCAGCGAACCCUUUGGAGAUGACCCAGACACGGUUGGAGAUGGAGAAGUACCUGUCCCAGAACGCCCCCAUGCCUGCUCCCCCCGUCAUAGACAGGAAGUACCGACGGGAGAGCGCCUCGGUGGUGGACGAGUAUUUCUCCGAUGAGAAGCCCACGCCGUACAGCGUCAACAUCAACCUGAUCCUGCCCAACACCACACACCUGCGCACGGGCCUGUACCGGCCCAGCAAGCCCCUGCUGCAGCACAUAAAGAGCGAGCCGGGCCUGGACCUGCCAUGCUCCAUCCAGACGCUCCCCGACUUCACCUCCGUCUUCAGCGUGCCGCAGACCGUCAACAGCCUGUUCGUCAAGCCCGACGUGAGCGCCGGCGACCUCCACAUCGGCCCCCAGCAGCCCCAGGUCUACCACCUGCCCGUCAGCAGCGCUGACCUCACAAUGCCCUCGUCCAGCAGCCAAUCGGACAGCAGCAGCAGCGGCAGCAGAACCAUGCACAACCUGAGCAGCGUCGCCAUGGCGACGGGCGCGGCGGGCUUCGUCAUGCCGGAGCAGCUGUUCCCGUCGCCGCAGCCGCACAGCCUGCCGCCGUCGCCGCCAAACUCGCAGCCCGGCAGCCCGGAGAACCAGGCCGAGCUGAUCUGCACCGUCUCCCCCCCGCCCCCCUACCAGGCCCGGCACGCCCUCAAGCUCACGCACAUGCACCCCCAGGCCCUGCUCAUGGCCCACGGCCAGGGCAUCCUCACCGGCCCCCGCUACAACCGCCGCAACAACCCCGAGCUGGAGAAGAGGCGGAUCCACCACUGCGACUUCCAAGGGUGCAUGAAGGUUUACACAAAGAGCUCUCACUUGAAAGCGCACCAAAGAACACACACGGGUGAGAAGCCGUACCGCUGCACCUGGGACGGCUGUGACUGGCGCUUCGCGCGCUCGGACGAGCUGACCCGCCACUACCGCAAGCACACGGGCGCCAAGCCCUUCAAAUGCGUCGCCUGCAGCCGCUGCUUCUCCCGCUCCGACCACCUGGCGCUGCACAUGAAGCGCCACCAGAACUAGUGGCCGCGCCCCCCCCCCACCCCCCCGG